AUGCAGGCUGUACCCGAGUCGCGACAACAGACCUUUGAGGAGAUCUACGGGCCACCCGAGAACUUCCUUGAGAUAGAGGUCCGAAACCCCCAAACCCACGGCACCUCGCGGAACAUGUACACUUCCUACGAAAUUGUCUGCCGCACCAAUAUCCCCGCCUUCAAGCUAAAACACUCGGUUGUGCGCCGCCGAUACUCCGACUUCGAGUAUUUCCGCGACAUCCUGGAACGCGAGAGCACAAGAGUCACGAUUCCCCCCCUCCCGGGGAAGGUCUUCACAAACCGGUUUAGUGAUGACGUGAUUGAGCAUCGUCGAGAGGGCCUGCAGCGAUUCUUGCAGAUAGUUGCGGGCCACCCGCUUUUGCAGACGGGGAGUAAAGUGCUUGCUAGUUUUAUACAGGAUCCGAAUUGGGAUCGCAAUGCUUGGUAG